AUGCCGGCUACAAUAUCAGGUCGGGUCGCGAAGACCCGCAAGACCACGCCGCACCAAAAGAAUCACCGCUGGGAGUCGUUCUCGACGAAGAUUUCCAAAUUAAACUCCCUCGAUCCUUUGCGUAAAGUGCGCCGCCACGACCUCGACGAUGAAGACCUCUCCGCGACAACCUCCUACCUCCGCAAUGGCGUCGUCAAGUGGGCCGAUCUCAACAUAUCAAAGUCGUUCACCGACUUCAAGAGGGAGAUCAUGCCUCUGUGUGAGACUCUCCCGCAGAUCCUCCAUUUUCAGGACAAGAUCAUGGACCUCUUAGCGACAUACCUAAGCGCGCAGGAUAGGGAAGCCUUGGAACCUCUGCUAGACCUCUUGACAGCCUUCGCCCAUGAUUUGGGCAUCAGAUUCGAACAAUACUACCAGAGAAGCCUGGAACUCUUGGUUGCCAUCGCUGGCAAGCCGCAAGAUGUGGACGUCAUCGAGUGGACUUUUGGAGCAUUUGCAUGGCUUUUCAAGUAUCUAUCAAAAUUGCUGGUACCGGACCUAUUACCGACAUACGAUAUGCUGUCGGGCCUGUUGGGGAGAAAAAAACACCCAGUUCACAUCAACAGGUUUGCUGCCGAGGCUAUGAGUUUCCUGAUCAAAAAGGCUGCUGCGCCCUCCAACCGCCAACAUGCUCUACCUCGGAUCAUUGGACAUGUGAGGGAUGAUAUGCAGGAUUUGGCUAGGGCUGUGGCAGGAAAAAGCCAGAAAAACGAAGGGGACGUGGCCGAAUACGAGAUCGAAGCGGCCUACAAGACCAAGCAGGUUGAGGCGUACCGAGAAGGAAUCAUGAUCAUGUUCUCGGAGGCGAUGAAAGGCCCUGGCAGCACACUUCAUUCUACGGCGCCCUACAUCUUCGAUGCUCUGCUCUCUUCUGUGCCGCCCAGGGAGCUCGAGGCUGGUAAUUCAACGCCCUGGACGUCCGUUUGCUGUGGCGUUCUCACCAGCAUCAUCCAUCAUUCGACUGCCGAGUCAUUCAAGGUGUUGACCGAAUCGAUCCUCGAAGCUGCAAAAACUCGAAUAGAAGACAAGUCUCUGGACCAUCCAUACAGCAUAUCCUUUUUCACUCGCCUCUUUGGAAUCAUGGCCGGUGUCCGCAACGGCUCUAGGCUCAGUGAUUGGGGCUCCAUCAUCAAGAUGCUUGCAAAAUUACUGCAGAAACUGUCGGAUGAUGCCGAGAACAUUUCAAAAUAUGCUGGGUCAAUAGUUUGGGAUAGUGUGGUGGCAAACGCAGCUAUUUGCUGGUCCCAAGCACCAAUGGAUGCGCUCACCCCUUCGUUGAACGACUUGAAUAAGGCAAUGACAGGCGAGCCUCUCAUGCGGUGGUAUAUACCAUUCUGCGGCUACCUGGCCGAAGUAAACGGAGCGAGGUUUCAGCGCUUAUUCCAAAAAUCGUUUCAGAAGUUUAUUGCGGCACAUUGGUCAGAAUCUGGAAAUGAGGAGCUCCUCUGUGUGCUGCUGCCGAAGUUGGUCAGCUGCGGCGCUUUACCUCCUGGCGGCAACAAAGACGCUUGUUCCCUCCCACAGUCAUGGCAGGACCAGAUUGUCAGCAAAUUCGAGGAGUUGGGGAACACGCCAUUCCCGGAAACCAACUCACAUGGCAAGAAUCCAGACGUCUGGAAGGAUCAUUGCUUGCCAAAGUACGCUGGCCUGCUCCGGGUGCUGAAGUCGACGAACGUGCAUCCAUCCACCAAUGCCAGGCUAGCAGAGUUGUUGCUUAAGAAGCUCAAACUCGCUUUGCGGCCAUCUGAAUCUCUCGCGACUGAGGAAACUCGCUUUCUUGUCACGGAAGGAUUUCUUGCAUAUCUACGCAUGAGUAAAGCGUCGGGUUCUGUCGAUGGAUCGCUCAGCCCGUUACUGAGAGCUGCGGCACCCCGCUUCUGUCGCAUCCCGUCUUUCCUGCAAGCUUUAUUGCGAUACGAGAAGGAGAUGAACGCCGCGCAAGGUCCCCGUAGCAAGGAAGCCGUCAUCUUUGAGGAGGACCCCUUCAUUCAGUCACUCGUCAACAAUCUGGCCAACUCGUCUCGACCACUCCGAAUUGCGUCGUUGAAGGUAUUCGAAGUACUACCGUCCACUCCAGACCAGGAGUCUUGUCUCACAACCAUGAUCUCAGUCGAGGAGCUUCCUCUGGACCACAAUAGCCCUCGAGCGAUUGCAGUCCAUCUGCGACGGCUUGCUCAGUCCUACUCCCAUCUCGAUGAGAAGUCAUGGUUACGGCACGCCAUUCCGGCGUUUCUUUUUGGACAGCUCACUGUGCGACUCGCCCCCAUUUGGGAUGACGCUGUCGAUGCGCUCAAGCAGAUAGCACAGGAAAAAUCAGCCGGCGAAGCCAUCUUCGAUCGUGCAUUUGAGUGGCUUCAGAUCCCUUCGCCGCGUUGGACACCGCCGCAGAGCCAAGCUGGCGGAAUAAGUGAAGCGUUGAAUGCGUCCUCGAGUAUCUUGCUGCGAAGCCUUGAAGAGGAGCAAGAUGUGCCUCCUGAUCAUGUUGCCAAUGCGAGGGGUAAAGCUCUCAAAGUGCUCUCCGGAAUUCCCUCCUUGGCAGAGAAGAGAUCAAGAAAAGUUGUGCCGUUUUUGCUGUCUUUGGACGAAUCACAUAUACCUUCAUCUGAGGAUGAAGACGAGGACAAGCUGUUACCCAAAGACGAUUUCUGGUCUUUACCGGACCGGAAAGCUCUAAUCAGUGUCUUCGCGCAAUGUGGCAACCCGAAGGUUCUCUACAAAAGUGCGGACGUCUACGGUACACUCCUCGGCCUUCUGGCGAAUCGCGACAUCGAAGUUCAGAAGCUCGCGUUGAAGGCUGUAUUAGCCUGGAAACAGGACGGCGUGAGGCCUUACAGAGAGAAUUUGGAAAAUCUCCUGGACGACGCUCGCUUCAAAAAUGAGUUGACGGUCUUUUUGCAAGACGAAAAUCUGAUCAGGGAAGAGCAUCGAGCAGAGCUCAUGCCUGUGCUUUUGCGUAUUCUUUACGGCCGGGCGACGUCUAAGAAGGGCGCUUCAAGUGGUCGGAAUGGGCUUCAUGCAACUCGUCUGGCGGUGAUUCGAAACCUGUCUCUCCAAGAUGUUGGAGGAUUCUUGGACAUCGCACUUGGCAACCUCCGCGAUAUUCGCAUUGUAGAUGCGUCGGGGCUCAAGCAAAGCCUGUUCGAAGAGGAGAGGAUCACUGCCCGCAGAAUGGUCGGAUUUCUUCACAUGGUUGAUUCUAUCAUUAACGAACUUGGUGCAAGCGUUGAGAGAUACAUGGAUCCUCUUAUCAAUGCUGUGCUGUACUGUUUGUUCUCAGCUUCUCGCAACUUGCAUCAAGCAGACCGAAAUGAUGAGGAAGCAGAUGAUGACGCCAGUGUCGACGAGAACAAGGCAGGCAACGCUUCCCUGUACAGGGUCGCCAGAACGACGUCGUUGAAAUGCCUUUGUGCUUUGGUCAAAAACAAUCAGAAUUUCGAUUGGGUCCCAUACCAGGAGGCAAUCGUUACGGAAAUCGUGACACCCAGUAUCGAACAGCCGAUUGGGGAGAUGGCACAAGGCAUUUCUUGGUCCUGGAAGCUGUUGGACACUUGGUCUUUGUUGCCACGGACAGCGCCUAUUCUCGCAAUCAACGACAAUGUUAUGUCAAAGAUCGCAGAUUGCGUUGGAUUUGAGAAGAGCAAGAACGAAGUACGGAUCUUCGCACUCGGAAUUGUGCGGAAUCUCGUUAAGCUUGCUCAAGCCCCAGAGACAGGAUCCGAGUUUGACGGUCUCGUCAAGGCGCAGUUGCUCGACCCCAACGCAGACAAGAUUCUUCAUGUGAUCGGAGACUACUUACACGUCGGACACGAUAUAGACAUCCGAGUUUUGGAGGCUUGCAUUGACACUGUGGUGGAGCUUUCAUCUGUUGUUGAUGGCUCACGAAAUGCCCGCAGUCUCGUCGACAUAUCAACACACUUAUUGAACCAGCCCGCGAGGCGUGUGAGCCCGAAAAUCAAGGGAUCGCUGCUUCUGAUUCUGGAGCAUUACGUCGUUGUCGAUGAUAUCCACAACGACCCGACCCUGAAGAAAAGCGUGUAUAGAACGCUGUCAGUUUUGUUCAGCUUCUUCAAAGACAAGCGAAACAGAGAAUCACUGUCAAACGUCCUGCUCGCCUACGCUACACGCGAUUCUACGGUGCAGAAUGUUGCUCAAAUCUGCGUGGACCUCAACUCUUACGUUGCAGAAAGGUUGGACGAACCAGACUACGACCGCCGUCUAGCUGCUUUCAAUUCUAUCACCCAGAGAGACACGGCCUUCACCAUCGAGCAAUGGAUACCGUUGAUACACAACGCGAUUUUCUAUAUUCCCCAUGACGAAGAAUUCGGAAUUCUGUCAUCCAAUUCAGUGGAUGUGUUGUGCAAACUCGUCAAUGCUGCCGCAGAAGCCUGGAGCACGGAGACACAACCAGCGUAUAUGGAGCUCCUAAAUGAGAGCGUUCUUCCAGCAAUCCAUGCUGGCGUCAGAGAACCAUCGGAGACAGUUCGCCGUGAGAUAGUCAGAUUACUGAGCCAUACAGCCAGCAAACUCGGCGACUGGCCUUCGGUCAGCGACCUGUCCGUGCUGCUUCCAGCAAAUGACGAGGAAACCAACAAAACUUUCUUCGUCAACAUUCUGACUCCUUCCGUUUCAAAGCAACUGCAGGCUGUCCAGACACUAAGCUCCGCCAACGCGCGCAACGAGCUCAACAGCAAGAACAUCAGUCAGAUUUUCCUGCCACUGUUGGAACACUUCAUCUGGGGCCGCGCCGGAGCCGACGAUCACGGGCUGGGUGCUCAGGCCGCUGCCACGAUUGCCAGUCUUGCUGGGUCCCUUGAGUGGUCUCAAUACAGAGCAACGCUGCGCAGAUAUAUCUCGUAUCUGACGUCGAAGCCCGAACUCCACAAGCAGGUAAUUCGUCUUCUUGACAAGGUCGUUGACACGCUCGUCUCAGCAGUCGAAAGUUCCAAUGAGACAACGAUGGAGGUGGAUGAGGUCGAAGUGACAAAGCGUCGUCUUGCUCGGUCAUUGCCCGCUAUGGAGAAAGUGGCCGAAGAAUUCACAACAAAUUUCACGCCGCCUCUACUGGAGCACUUGAAAGACAAGGACGAGGAGACUGUAAGCGCAAGAGUACCAGUGGCAGUCAUUAUCGUGAAACUUCUCAAGUUGCUACCGGACGAGACUCUCAGCCUGCAACUCCCAAAUGUCUUGACCGACCUUUGCCACAUUCUGAGGAGUAAGGCUGUGGAAGCACGAGACAUGGCGCGGGCCACCUUGGCUAAAAUUUCUUGCAUUUUGGGGCCACCAUCCUUCGGUUUCAUCCUCAAAGAACUCCGUGGGGCCCUGAAGAUGGGAACGCAACUGCAUGUGCUGUCGUACACAAUGCACACUCUUCUGUUGGCCGUUACACCUGAAUUCGAACAAGGAGACCUCGACUAUUGCUUGGAUUCGAUGGUUGCAGUGAUCAUGGAUGAUAUCUUCGGAAUCAGCGGCCAAGAAAAGGAUGCAGAAGGUUACGUGAGUAAAUGGAAGGAAGUCAAAAGCAGCAAGAGCCAGGACAGCAUGGAGUUGAUUGCCUCGACUGCUUCCAUCACUCAUCUCGUGGAGCUCGUCAAGCCCCUCCAAGCUUUGCUGCUGGAAAAGCUUGACCUUCGUACAGUGCGCAAGAUCGACGAAUUGUUGAACAGAAUUGCAUCUGGGCUGCAGAAGAACCCAGCAGCUGAUAGCAGAGACACGCUGGUCUUUUGCUACGAGGUCAUCCAGGAAGUUUACAACAGUCGUAAACCCGAAACCGAGAAGAAGAUCGAUCCAAAGCUGAAGCGGUAUUUGAUACAGAGGGGGGCCAAGAGGGAAGACCGCGGCGCAGCAAGCAAGUACACGCACAAACUGACGCGUUUUGCCAUUGACAUCCUCAGGUCUGUUCUGAAGCAGCGCGAGAAUCUGCGGACUGCAAGUAACAUCAGUGGCUUCAUCCCAAUGGUCGGUGAUGCUAUUGUGGCCGGUGAGGAAGAAGUCAAGAUUGCUGCCUUCAAGCUUCUCACUAUCCUGGUCAAGGUUCCAUCUAAGACCAAUGAGCUCAAUGACUUGUACAAGGUCGCUUCGAAGGAUGCUCUGAAGUGUAUCUCCCAGUCAACUUCUACGACUACUAGUCUGGCUCAAACCGCCUUGAAGCUUCUGUCCGCCAUACUUCGAGACCGGCGUGAAGUUGUUGUCAAGGAUGCUGCUAUCGACAUGCUGCUGGGCAAGCUCAAAGACGAUCUCACAGAACCGUUGUAUCGCCAUGUCACGUUCAGAUUCCUGCGGUCGAUUUUGGACCGCAAGAUCGAGACUGCUGCAGUUUACGAUACACUUGACUAUGUCGGGACCGUCAUGAUCACCAAUGAUGACAAGGACACGCGGGACCUGGCUAGAGGUGCUUUCUUCCAAUUCUUGAGGGAGUACCCACAGAAGAAGAAGAGGUGGGACAAACAGGUCGAGUUCAUCAUCGCCAACCUCAAGUAUCCUCGCGAAGGUGGCCGAAUCUCGGUGAUGGAGUUGUUGUAUCUGCUGCUUACCAAGUCCGCCACGGAUAUUGUCAAAGAAGUUGCGGGAAACUGUUUCUUCUCAUUGGUUAUCCUUCUCGGCGGCGACGAAAGCGAGAAGUGCCAGCUUCUUGCUGGUGUGCUCAUCAAGGAAGUGUUUUCCAAAGCUGACCCAGCUCAUCUGAAGUUGUUCUUGGACCGGAUGCGGUUCUGGGCGACGAAGCAUGACGAUAUCUCAGUGCUGAAACUAGGGUUCCAGAUUUGGAGCCUUUAUUUCGAAGCGUUGGAGCCAAGCGAGAAGGACAAAAAGGACGUGAAGAUGCUCAUUGGCAGCCUUGCGACUGUCUUUGCAGGCGAGCGCAACGAGGAUUGGGAGCUUAUCAACUCCGCACUGAAUCUCGUACACGUUUUGAUCGAUAAGCACCCGGAGAGAAUGCUUUCCACAGCCUCGGAGGAGCUAUGGGCUGUUAUCUUCCCAUGCAUGUCUCAUGAACGUCCAUCUGUUAAGCUUAAUGCUGUCAAACUGCUGGCGACGUAUCUGAAUGAUUUCGCCGGCAAUGCUGCCAUGCCGCCCAAGGAGCAUUCAAUCGUUGGAACAAAUGGCCAGACGCUCGAACAAGAGAAAAUUUGGCAGAUUAUCAGAUUAUUACUUGGGACUUUACGGGGUCUCGAGGUGGACGAGGCUCUGGCGCAGCAAAGUAUUCAGAUUCUCGUUCCCCUCACGCGUUUCUUGAACAACGCAGCAGCCGAGGAUGACGGUGAGGAGUCCGACCAGGAAGAGGGCGAAGACGAAGAUGAGGACGACUUCUUCAAGGACGGCGAAGAAGACAAGGAGGACAAGAAGCCGGGCACGAUGACCAUGCGCUAUGUCUUCUCCCGCCUGGCUGAAGUCAUCCGACGCGAGACACCUCCAAGGGCACCGGCGCUCGUCUCCAAGCUCGCAGCCGCCGAAGCACUAGACGUCCUGUGUGCCAAGAACGAUGUGGCGACCCUCGAGCCGUCGAUGCGCACCAUCCUCCGGCCGCUGCGCAACCUCACGGACCCCAAUAUCCCGACGCCGUUCUCGACGGACGAGCUCUUCAAGUCGCGGUACGAAGACCUCAAGACGAAGGCGCGGCAGAUCAUGGACGCGCUGCAGGAGAAGCUGGGCACGGCCGAGUACACCAAGCAGCUGCUGGCGGUGGGCGAGGAGAUCAAAGAGAGGAGGCUGCACCGGAGCAGCAAGAGGAAAGUUGAGGCGAUCACGGCGCCGGAGAAGUGGGGCAAGGAAAAGAAGCGGAAGAUGGAUAGCAAGAAGAACAGGAGAAAAGCUAUCGGGCUUGAGUAUCGUAGUAAGCGAAGAGGAUAUUAG